CUGCAUGAAAUACGUCAAGAUAUACGGCUGAAAAGAUAAAUAAGCACAAGAAUCUGAGAGAGGAACUGUCUGUCUCCACCUCUACACUGGGAAGCACAGAGCCAGGAAGGGAGAGAUGGCCAAGCUGACAGAAUCGAUGACUAACGUCCUGGAAGGAGACUCCAUGGAGCAGGACAUAGAGAGUCCAGUUACCAUUCACCAGCCAAAGUUGCCCAAGCAAGCCAGAGACGACCUCCCGAAACACAUAAUCAAAGACCGGGCCAAGAGAAAAAUCCAGAGGUAUGUGAGAAAAGACGGAAAGUGCAACGUUCACCACGGCAACGUCAGGGAGACCUACCGCUACCUGACUGACAUUUUCACCACAUUGGUCGACCUGAAGUGGAGGUUCAACCUGCUAAUCUUUGUCAUGGUGUACACCGUGACGUGGCUCUUCUUUGGAAUGAUCUGGUGGCUGAUUGCGUAUAUUCGUGGAGAUAUGGACCACAUAGAGGAUAACACAUGGACCCCAUGCGUCACUAACCUCAACGGAUUCGUGUCUGCCUUUUUAUUCUCCAUAGAAACAGAGACGACCAUCGGCUACGGCUAUCGGGUCAUCACAGACAAGUGUCCUGAGGGAAUUAUUCUCCUUUUAGUCCAGUCCGUGUUGGGGUCCAUAGUCAAUGCUUUCAUGGUGGGGUGCAUGUUUGUAAAAAUAUCCCAACCCAAGAAGAGGGCAGAGACCCUCGUUUUCUCUACUCACGCGGUCAUCUCCAUGCGCGACGGAAAGCUCUGCCUGAUGUUCCGGGUCGGGGACCUCCGGAAUUCUCACAUCGUGGAGGCGUCCAUACGGGCCAAGUUGAUCAAAUCUAAACAGACCACUGAGGGAGAGUUUAUACCCCUGAACCAGACGGACAUCAACGUAGGCUAUUACACAGGGGAUGACCGUCUGUUUCUGGUGUCGCCGCUCAUCAUUAGUCAUGAGAUUAACCAGCAGAGUCCUUUCUGGGAGAUCUCCAAAGCCCAGCUCCCCAAAGAGGAACUGGAAAUCGUAGUCAUCCUAGAAGGCAUGGUGGAGGCAACAGGAAUGACCUGCCAAGCGCGGAGCUCUUAUGUCACCAGUGAGAUCCUCUGGGGCUACCGCUUCACCCCUGUCCUGACGCUGGAGGAUGGCUUCUAUGAGGUGGACUACAAUAGUUUCCAUGAGACCUAUGAGACCAGCACCCCAGCCCUAAGCGCCAAAGAGCUGGCGGAGAUGGCCAGCCGGGCGGAACUCCCCCUAAGUUGGUCCGUGUCCAGCAAACUCAACCAGCGGGCUGAACUGGAGACGGAAGAUGAGGAGAAGAACCAUGAAGAGCAAACUGAGAGGAAUGGUGAUGUGGCGAACCUGGAGAACGAAUCCAAAGUUUAGAACCUGGUGGGACUGCUCUCCCUUCCUCACUACCCCUCCCACCGCACAAUCCAUCUCCCUUGGUUUCUCUCUCAUUUUUAAUUAACGGAAAAGAAAUCUUCAAGGUGGGAAGUGCCAACCUGCCAUUAUGAAAUCUAGAGAUUUGCUUAAAAACCAGACCCCUGGGCUGAGCCGGCGAUAUCCCUAACAUUCGAUUUAGUCUCAAGCUGGCCAUGCUCCCGUUUCGGCUGGCUACGUGCAUGCGUCCUCAGAGGCAGGGGUCAGAAAUCAAGGUGCCAAAUGGAAUACCUGGAGACAGCUAAAGCCACGUGUCUGGUGCCCAGUCAUUCUAGCAGUGAACUAUGCCAUAGCUCUAGAUUUUAUAGAUUCUAAUAGAAUCCCAGAAACAGGGUUGGGGGCCUAUCCCAAAUGGGCGUGUUAGUUUUAAGGCCCCGGGGGGAGUAGAGGACCUGGAGUGGAACAAGACAAUGUACAUAUGCCUUAUGUAAUUAUUUUCUCUUCCUAUUGAGUAAUAAACCCAGCAUGUACACAAGUACUGUAGUAAAGGACUUCUAAGUAAUGUACAUAGAGGUGUAAUUAAUGUAGGUUUAGAUAAAUAAUCCUAGAAAUAAUGGGAUGCAAAAAAAAAUUCAUUCAGUAGACAUUUCUGUUCCGAUAUUUGUGUUCUACUGAUUACUUUGAUCCCCCUACUAUCUGGCUCUCUUAGUGCAUGACCUUUCCUUCAGCGUACCAGGCUGGCAGCUAUUUAGAGUACCUCACUUUCCUUACUGAUCCUUUUACUGACUCUAAAAAGCCAUAGGUCUGGGAGGGAGGAGGGAGGAGGGUCAGUCAGUGGGUGAUAUAAACCACAGUGACAUUACUGAUAUACUGUGAAAAUGUUUACAAAAUUAACUUGUCUUUUAUAACACUCUAAGGUCAUCACAUUCUGGGGCUAUUUGUAGGCCAUCCACCUGAAUUAGCCUGUGGAAGAUUUGGGAAGAAGAUGAGCUUCUCCCACAUCCCGUUUAGAGGUCUAGAAAAGCAUCUUCAUCUUAGCUUUCACCCUUCAAAAGUGCAGUACUUUGGGGAAACCAUCUUUCUUUGUCAAACCCCUUGUUUCUGAACUGUGCCAUAUUCUGGAUAAUCAGUCUAAGCCUUGGAAACUACGAAUGAGAGAGAGUGGUUGAGCAAAGAGCCCCAAUCAGCUGAAGGCAUGGGAUUUCAUGAUGGGAUCCCGUGGGUUAACCCAGUAGUCCCCAACCACUGACCCCGCACCCAAGGACGAAGCUUUACCUGCCCCUGGAUAAUUUCCAUCUGCACAGGCCAGAGGGGCCGACUCUCCAUUUUGAAGGAGGAGGCAAAAUUGGGGCAGGGAUGAGGAGGCAAAAUUGGGGCAGGGAUUUUAUUGGGGGAUGGGGAUUGAGAAAGGGCAGGCUUCAGAGAGCUAAUUGGUCUGAAGGACAUCAUUUUGGCUCUUUAUAGCCCUGUUUGAAACCUCUCAGGUCUUGCCAAGAUCAGUGAGGCUGGAAGUCCGGCUCAGAAACUGGGGCAUCCAUCGCCCCCAUCGCCUCUGUGAAACGGGCACCGCUGCACACGUCUCAUCCGCCACUAAGAGCCAGGAAACCCUGUAAAAGUGACACAGGAUUCACAUCUGGCUUUUGUAGCCAAAAACUGGUCACGAUUCCCACUGGUAUUCCACGAUUAGAUGUGAAACCUCUGACUGCCCACCCUCCCCUCAGGAAUAUACCCUCUUGAAGGGGAUCCAGAACAGAAGUCUAUCCCAAAGCCUCCCUCAAACAAAAGGAAAUGUUAAACUGCAGCCUUAAUUUUUUUUAGUACAAUUUCUGCAGAAAAUGGAAGAGAAGGGUACGCUGAACUUAAAUAAUGAAAAAGUAUUUUUUUGUACAGAGUAUUUCAAUUACAAAAUGGAAAAAAAAAGAAAAACCUCAGGAGAAACCCAAUGGGCAGGUGGGAAUUUUGCACUGUGACAAAUCUUUCACAUUUGUUCCCCAGCUGUAAGUUGUCUGUCUGUUCCUACGUACAGUUGCCCAUUAAAUACUCGUGCUGUGGCUACACGUUUA